AACCCACAAGCAAUCGGCAAGUUGGAAUUUAAGGAUGAUAAUGGCGACCGUGAAUAUUUUUUUUACAAACCUUUAUGGGUUAAUGAGCAGAGUACCACAUACAAUUCCUUAUGGACAAUUGAUCAUAACGAUAAACCUAGCAAUGCAUGGGCUGAUGUUUGGGCUACAGUAUAUUGGGCAUGCCAAAAAGAAAAUUGUGCUUCUGAAUAUGUACACUUACGGGUUUGGGCCCCCUAG